GUGUGAGCAUGGAAGCAAACUGGUCAAUUUCACUUCUUCUAAUAAUCCUGUCUACUGUACAGGGGCAGUUGGCUAGGAAGGCUAGAAUAGCGAAUAGAAGAGCAAACACACUGAUUCGAGAGCUAAAAACUGUACAGAAUGAUCUCUCCAUAGCCCAGGGAAAACUUAAUUUGAUGAACAGAAACAUUUAUCCGGUUAAUGGCUCAGCAACCAACAGACAUACUUGGAGUGCAACCUCUACAGAUAAAGUUCUGAUUGUUGAUGCUUAUCUCGGAGCAGGAACAAAGUGCAACAAACAGCAAAUUACUGGUUGGACAAGUAACCUGGAUAUCUACUACGCUGGGUCAACUGUAACAGAGCAGGCUGCUGUGACCUUUAAUACUGGAACAGGAACCUUUACAGCUCCUGCUGCUGGUUGGUAUAAUAUCUGCACUUCAUUCCGCUUCCAGAACUCAGGAACAUCAAACGAUGUCACCAUAAAGAAGAAUGGAGUUGUUGUUGGAGCUCUAGGGAAUGCUGUUGAGCUAGAUUGGAGGUCUACAGGAACUUGUAUUGUUCAGUCGCUGGCUGCAAAUGACCAGAUAACAGUCCAUCAUGAGUCUGGAGGAUCAGGGGAUUGUAUUCAAGAAACUGGAUGGUUGUAUGGAAGAUUUCUGGUGAAUAUGAUUGCAAACCUGUCUUAAAUAUCCAUCUAUCUAUUUGGAUUUGGAGAGCUUAAAAAAUAAGUACAUUUGAAGCACGAGUGUGCUUAUUUUUCGACAGCUUAACAUGCAUUGUCCAGCUUUGUGAUUCUUUUUAUUAUUAUCGUUUGUUUACAAUAAAAGGGUUCAUAAUA